AAACAGCGCGGUUGAGCGAGUCCGGCUUGCCGAGUGACCAUGGCCGUGAACUGGAUAGCCUCCGAUGCUGAGACAAACAAUUUCAAGACCGGAAACGUUUCUCAAACUUUCCGACUGUCCCGCCGACUUUCAGAAUUAUUUCAAGAACGCCCGGCAGGCCAUAGAGAGUGGCGACCUGGAUGGGCUGAAAAAGGCCGUGGCUGAUAUGAAGGGGAGUGGAGGUGUUCCCAGUGACCAGUGUCUGAAUGUGUGUGAGAUGGUUCCCACUGAGUCCGAUGAUGAGUACGCCGUGUCUCUGCUCGCGUUCUGCUGGCUACCAUGUCCAGAAGGACAUGCUAACCUUCCUGCAAUCAGAGAAAGCUGAUUUUGACAUGGGUAACAUGGAGUCUGGCUCUCCUCUCAUUCAAAUGAUGAUCUAUGCCUACAUCAAGCAGACGGAAGAAGGCCUGUCCAGCCCCCAAAUCGAUGUCUCCAUCGUCAAGUUUUUCACCGACCAUGGAACUGUUCUAAGCCGUGUGUUGAUGGCGCCAGAGUACGACAAGUCUACUGCCCUCGAGCUGGCAAUCAGCUUUCAACAACUCGACAUUGUCCAAGUGCUCAUUGAGGCAGGGGCCGACCCAAUCCUCUGUGGUGAUGGAGUUGUCAGUCCUCUCCUUGUCGAAUACACCCUUUUUGGCACCUUCAGCUUCAUCCGGUGGCUGCUGGAGAACCACCUCGGCCAGUCCAAGAUUCCCGGCUUCAUCGAUCGUCUUCUGGAGACGGGAGUCCUGUUCAGGGACAAUAUGAAGAACACUGUCAUGGAGGUGUAUGGGAGGAGUCCCGCCCAUGCCUUCCUCCUGUGCCGUCACAAGGAGGCCAUCGACUACCUGGUCCAGAGGAGACGUGAGCUCCUGGAGGAGUGCGACCCGUUUGGGAGGACGGCACUCCAUCUUGCUGCUGAGGAAGGAGAUUUGGAGAGUGUUCGGAUACUCCUGGACUGUAAUGCCGACAUUGAAGUGGAGGACAAAAGCCUAAUGACGCCACUUAUGCUGGCCACCAAAAAUGAACACGAAGAGGUGGUGAGAGAGAUAGAGAUGUUUGCCAGCAGAGCAGGGAAGAGUGAGGACCCUAUGGGUCUCUGGGCCUGGGCCCUCCAACACGGCUAUACCUCGUAUUUUGAGACUUUGCACAGAACUCAUGAGCUGGAAGAGGUUUUGAAGAAGCCAAUCGACAGUAAUGGAAACACCAUUGCCCACGUAGCUGCCGAGGGUAACCAUGUCUCUGUGUUCAAGACAACAUUUCCCAAGACCAAAUCGAGUGAGAAUCUCUAUGAGAUCCUGAUGAUACAAAACAGCCGCAACAAAACUCCCCUCCAGCUGGCAAUUGACAAUGGAAAUGUCGGAAUUCUGACGGGUCUCCAGGAGAGGAAGAAGGAGAGGGAGAAGGCUGCGUCCAGGACCGAGGACUGGUCCCAGAAGCAGGUGGUGUCGGUGGAGAAACGAGAGUGGAAGGAUUUCUGGGACAUAGAGAGUCCAGGGCUCCUCCUCUAUGCCUGCUCCCACGGGACCGUGGAGACUGUCAAGUACUUCACAACUAGACUUGUGCCUCCUACCACCAGGUAUGCUGAUGGACUGACCCCACUCUCAGUGGCAGCAAAGGCUGGUAAACAUGAGAUUGUGGCCUAUCUCCUCAGUAUUCCUGGAGUCUCUGCUGAAGGAGUGGCAGCAGAGGAGACACGGGGUGAGGUUGAGAAGCAGCACUCCCCACUCAUGCUGGCUUCCAAAUAUGGCCACUCCAAGUGUGUACAACUGCUACUGGAGAAAGAGGCGGACAUUGGGGUGGUCUCUGAUCGUGGCUACAACUGUCUCAUGGAGAGCAUCGACAGGGGACACAAGAGUGUUGCUGUUACAUUUGUUACUGAUUCCAAAACCUGGAAGGGUUCUAUGCGACACUGUGUACCAGAAGAUGGAAGGUUUCUCACUCCAAUCAGAAUGCUCAUUGAGUCAAUGCCAGGGGUGUCAAAGAUGGUUCUCACAAAGUGUGUUGAACCCCCCACACGUCACUCACAAGAAGUCGUCUACGACUUUGAGUUCAUAGAGGACUACGUGCAGCCUUCAUCAGAGCCACGGCUGGAGCUGCAGAGUGGGGGCGGAGCUACAACGCCAGAAUCAUUCCAGUUUUCCCGUCUUUCAACACCGUCUUCUGGUGGGACAGCCAGUGGUAGUAGUCAGGGACAUCGUCCGAGGGGGAGGGAUGCCGGCAGGAGGAAUCUGAUAAAACCAUCAGAUUAUAAGGGACUUGAACAUCCUCUUAUGCUAAUGGUGAAGAAUGAGAGACUCGACCUCCUCAAACACCCACUCAUCCGUCGCUACAUUCACUACAAGUGGUGGAGGAUUUCGUUCCCAGUGUUUCUCACCGUUCUGAGUCUCUACGUUCUCUUUCUGGUCUUCCUGGCCUCUUUCUCCCUGCUCAUCCCCAGACCUGGUCCCGAGAGCACUUACUGUCCCAGCAAUGAUACAACAGCUGGUUAUACACAAGACAACUUAGGAGCUGGAGUUUGCAAAGAUCCAGAUGAGCUGGAUCAAAGAGCCUUCUCUGCCCUGGCCGUUAUCCUAAUCAUCAUGUCCGUGGUACUCCUCACCUAUGAGAUAAUCUUCCACCUCCUCAUGAGAGAGACUCGGGAUAUCUCAGACUUCAUCCAACUGGUCUAUCGCGUCUUGCUGUUCCUCCUGACGAUUGUGUUUGUGUCUGGGUUUGCCAACGACUGUUGGUGUGCUCCACCGUGGCAGUGGCAGAUCGGAGCCCUUGUCAUGUUCAUGGCUUUCUUCAACUUUGUCCUGCUGCUAAAGGGACUGCCGUGGUUCGGAGUGCCCAUCAACAUGCUCCUCAAUAUCAUAGCCGUGUUCCUGAGACUGGUCUACCUCCCCAUUCUCCUCAUCCUCUCCUUUGCCUUUCCAUUCUACAUGUUGUUUGAUCCGAGGGGGAGAUGCCGACGCGGGAGUCCUCACGGCAUUCUCCACAUUCCCCUUCUCGCUGGCCAAGGUGGUCAUGCAGACAGCCGGGGAACUGGACUAUGGAAAUCUGUUUGAAGAGGCUUCGCUGCUCUACACUCCAAUGGCCAUCAUCCUCUUGUCACCUUUGUUGUCCUCAUGCCAGUACUCUUCAGUAACCUACUGGUGGGCUUGGCUGUGGGCACUGCUGAGGAGGAUACUAAGAAGGCCGAACUGACAAACAUUCGCCUACAAGUGGAGUAUAUUGUGCAACUGGAGAACCUGCGAGUGGUGCGUCACCUGGCUCACCUCCCACAGCUGAACUACUCCAAGGAAGCCAAGAGGAACUGGUUCCUGGCCUGGAAAGACAAGAUGACGGGAGUGGACUAUGACACACAGGCAGAGCUGGUGGUAGAGCUCCACGAGUCACUUCAGGACUCUGAUGGUGGCAGCAAGGAGACAGUUGAGGAGAUAAAGGAAAAGGUGACUGAGAUGGCUGCCCUGAUGGAGUCUCUCCAGAUGUCAAUCUCUGUCCUGCAAAAAAAGCAACAGACACCUCCAUGAGACAGUCAAAGAGGUGAAAGAGACUGGCAUUCAGAACUUACAAGAGCAGAUGAAUAAGAUUCUCAAGAAGGUUUCGUGAAGACAUUAGUACAGUACGUGUAGGUUGUUGACUGUGUUUGAUGCCAGAAACUGAUCUGCCGAAUAAUCUUACAUAACUUCUCUAUUAUGUAUAUGCAUGUUGUGAGUAUUAUAAUGUAAACGUAUAUGAACACUUUAUCAGCAAUGGACACAUAAUGUGUCCAGAGCCUCCAUAAGUCCAUAAGAAUUUAUAUGGGGGUUAUAAUACUACUUUAUACAUCAAUUUCUGCUUAUU